AUGGCACGAGGUAGAAACACGGAAAACACAGCCCAUAAGCGGCAAAGAAGGGAGGAAGAAGAAGAAGAAGAAGAAGAAAUCGGUAGUAAAAGAAGGGCAGCGUCACAUUUUUUUGAGUUAGAAGCAGACGUUGACAGCGACGAGGAAGGAGAAGACGAAGAAGAAGAAGCAGAAGAAGGUUUCAUUGACGAUGAUUCCAACGAAAUAGACAAUUCUUUCCUCCAACGACGUCAUGUUAUUCAUCCACAAAUUGGUGAAGACGAAGACGAGGAAGACAUUGACGAAUUUACACGUAGAAUUGUAGAAAGAUACGGAAGCAAAUCGAGAUAUGAAGAAGAGAAAGAUGCAACAGAGAAUUACAUAUACGUUGAAGCAGAUAAAGAAUCUCAUGUUAGGGAUGCAUGUAGGGGGAUGCGCAAUAUUUUCUUGAAAAAUAAGAUUGUAAUGGUUCCAAACAAGGAGAUGUCUGAUGUGCUUACUGUGAAAAACAGAGAAUCAGAAUUUUCAAAUGAUUCUUGGGCUUUGGUUAACAAAUUUGAAGGUAAUUUACCACUGGAAAAUUCGAAGAAAUUCUGUCCUCCACCGAGAUAUUGGAGUGCUAGUAAAGCCAAGCCAUUGGGAAUUCCAGUGAAGCGACAGAGAGAUUUAGUUACUGGGGAUUACUUUGAUACAGUUAAUGGCAUGAAAUUCAAAGAUGGUUUUUUGUAUAAACCAGUGUCCUUUAGGUCGAUCAGUAACAAUGUUAAGCCAACUCCGGAUGAUCUUGAGAAAUUUCGCGGAGCUAGAGAUGAUGAUAAUGAUACAGAAAAUAGCAUAGCUUUGCCUGAGAGUGUUGCAAUCCACAGCAAAGAUUUGACCAAGAUAUUUGAACUUGGAUAUCAUGUUAAAGUUGUUUCUGGAAUUAAGGAACGUGAAAUUGGUACAAUUACUUCAGCUAAAGGACAUGUAGUAACUGUACUGCCCGAAAAAUCUACUAACACAUUCGAUGUGUUGGCUGAUCAUAGCCAGGAAAGUUCUGAGGUUGCAUAUUGUACUAAAGAUUAUAACAACAAAAGUAGAUAUGGGGUUGUAACAAUAACUAAUUUCAGACCUCCACCUCCUAGGAAACGAGGCAGAUUUGGAAGAGCAAGGCGUGAUCCAUUAUUGAAUAUUCGAAUUAAAAUACGUCAAGGACCUUAUAAUGGGAUGACUGGGACAGUUGUGGAAGUUAGAGGGAAUAAAAUGAGGAUAGAAUUGGAGGCUCAAAUGAAUUUUGUUUAUGUUGAUCGCGAUUAA